AAAAUGAGUAAAAUUGUAAGGCAACGUGUUAGCAUGCAUGACGAAUCGACUACAAUGUCUUUUUAAUCGAAAAAUGUAAAUAAAAAGAGUAACAAUAUAUCAAUAAUGAAUAGAAAAUACACAUCGUAAGCGCUAACCUAUAAAACAGUUGAUUUGUAUAGUAUCAGUGCCAAAAUCUGUAGGAGAAUAUGUCUAUAUAAAAGCAGAUGUGGAACUAAAGCUAGCUCUCUCUUAUAUACCAGAUCACUGUUUAGGAAGUCUUAAAGAGACCCCUUGUACUUACAAUCACAGAGUUACUCGUACUGAUUAACUUGAUGAUGUUUAUUUCUACACUCUCGAACUUCUCGAUUAAGACAACUAUUCCAUCGAAUAAAUUGUCAACCUUCUUUCUCAUAAAGAUGAUCCUUGUGCUUAAUUGGCUAUCCAACUGGUUAAUUAACGAUUUAAUAUACUUAAUGAAUAUACACAACAUUACUAUAUUUCAAAUGAUGAGUUGUUAGAAGUUGAAUAAAUUGCUCAAGAUUAUCCAUAUUAAUGUAUAAUACAAAAAGUGAACAAAGACAAUAGUUCAUUAUCACAAAGAAUAGUCAAUGAACAGUUUUACACUCUCAUGGGAGUAACUCGUGAUAUGAUGUUCCAUCAUCUUCAUGAAACUAAAACUCUUCCAUCCAUAUUUGAUAUUGGUGGUUCCUUAAAAAUGUGGUGUGAUCUCACUAUAGGAUCCAUCUCAAGUGUUUAAUAUUUUGAUUAAUAUAUAAAUACUUAUGAAGGAGCUCAAUACAAAUGCAGAAUUGAACAAAGAUAGAUGUUCAAAAGAACUUAAGUUAAUCCAAACUAAAUUGUUUUUAUUGAGUUCUGGAUAUUUUAAUUAGAUGAACCAUUAAAGUCUUUUCUAUUAAAUCCAUAAAGACUCUACCUAAACUAAAUAGACUAUUUUAAUAAGAAAAAUACAGAGGAAGAAUAUUAACUCUUCUAAAAAUCCAUGAAAUACAAAAAAACACUCCAUUAUAAUAAUUCCUAACCUUGUGGUUAUAAAUUACUCCCCUGGAUUUGAAUUUUAUAUAUUAUCUAAC